CUCUAGUUGCCUUAUAUCUUUAAUCACACUUGCGGCUCCUCUCUUUCCUUUCGUGUUUCACAGCGCUGGGGAGGCGGCGAUUGCAGUUUCUCACCUGCUGUUUGAACUCCUGCCUCUGUCGCCGAGGCCACCAGGGUGGAGGAGGGACGGCCGCCCCCGCGCCAGCCUCGGGGACUCCCCUCUGAAGUAGACCUUGAAAAUUAACAAAAACCAAAACCAAGAAAAAAUAGCAGUGCCCUUUAUAAGGCUGUGUCAACCUUCACCAGAGGAAACAACACGUUUCAUUCUAUCCAAGAGAAACCACUGGAAACAGAAUCCUAAAUAUGCGUCAUAUAGAACUGCUCUUAACACUUUUGGCACUUAUGUUUACAAGCACCUCAGAAACAUGUAUUUCACGUCAUAGCAUCACUGCAGUGGAAGGGGAAUUUUUCUAUCUGAGAUACUGCUCAUCAGCAUCUGAGCACGAUAGUGAAAAAAACACCAUAAAAUGGUACAAGAGCAGUGGAUCACAUGGACGCAUUGAGCUAAACUCAAGCAGUUCCCCCAGAAUUACUUUGCACGAUUAUGUUUUGGAGUUUUGGCCAGUUGAGUUGGAGGACAGUGGAUCUUACUUUUUCCAAAUGGGAAAUGAUACUCGUAAAUGGAAAUUAAAUGUCAUUGGAAGAAGUAAAAGCAGCUGUUUUGUUGAAAAACUACUAACUAGUAAAACUGUAGAAGUUCAGAAAUCUUUGCACGUAGCCUGUAAACAUGACUACUUUCAACCAUUGGCCAAUAGAACUUCACUGUAUAAGAACUGUAAAAAGAUAAACAAUGGUACAAACCCAGUUUUACAGAAGAAUGCAGAGUUUAAAGAUCAGGGAUAUUACACCUGUGUGUUUUCCAUCCCUCAUAAUGGAAAACUAUUUAAUGUCACCAAAACCAUCAACGUAACAAUCGUUGGAGAUCGCAGUAAAAUAAUUCCUGUUCUUCUUGGACCAAAGCUUAACCGUGUGAAGGUGGAAUUAGGAAAAGAUGUAAACCUCAAUUGCUCUGCUUUGGCGAAUGAAAAGGAUCAGAUUUAUUGGAACUUGUGGGAUGAAAAUGGAAAGGAGCCCAAUGUACAUGAAGAGAACGUAAAAAAAAAUAGAACUCUGGACGGCAAAUUGUAUGUGUCAAGAAUGUUGAAAAUUGAGAAUAUCAAUGCAAAAAAUCUAAAAUUUUCAUAUAAUUGCACUGUGGCCAGCGAGGGAGGCACAGACACCAUAAACUUCGUCUUGUUGAAAAAAGAAGAUAUGGCUGAUAUCCCAGGCUACAUCUUCACCAGAGGAAUGAUUGUGGCUGUUUUGAUCUCAGUGGUAGUUGUGUGCCUAGUGAUAAUGGGUGUCAUUUAUAGAGUUGACUUGGCUCUAUUUUAUAGACAUUUCAUGAGAAAAGAUGAAACAUUAACAGAUGGGAAAACAUACGAUGCUUUUGUGUCUUACCUAAAAGAAUGUGGACCCGAAAAUGGAGAGGAGCACACCUUUGCUGUGGAGAUUUUGCCCAGGGUGUUGGAGAAACACUUUGGGUAUAAGUUAUGCAUAUAUGAAAGGGAUGUAGUGCCUGGAGGAGCUAUUGUUGAUGAAAUCCACUCAUUGAUAGAGAAAAGCCGAAGACUGAUCAUUGUCCUAAGUAAAAGCUACAUGUCUAAUGAAGUCAGGUAUGAACUUGAAAGUGGACUCCAUGAAGCUCUGGUAGAAAGGAAAAUUAAAAUCAUCUUAAUUGAAUUUACACCUGUCAGUGACUUCACAUUCUUCCCCCAAUCACUAAAGCUUUUGAAAUCUCACAGAGUUCUGAAGUGGAACGCUGAUAAACCUCUGUCGUAUAACUCAAGGUUCUGGAAGAAUCUUCUGUACCUGAUGCCUGCAAAAGUGGUCAAGCCUUGUGGAACUGAAUCUGAAGUCUUCCCUGUUCUUUCACAGUCCUGAUCUUUAGAAAAGCCAAAUGUAAGAAAGAGCUCUUGACGCUCUGGGCUCGGAACGGAGGAGCCUAUUUUUAACAAAGGGCACUAUUAAAAAUAUUUGGCUCUCUGAAAAUCUUACUUACAGUCUGAAGAUGAAAGUCAUCACUAAGUUGCCAGAGAUAGGACUAAACAUUGAGCUGUGGUCAUGUGCUCCCAGUGGAACCCAGAAUUCAAAAGCAACAGACCUCUUCUGUUUCUUCCUCCUCCGUAACUGUCUACAGGUGCUCAUUCUCAAUCCAUAUUCAGCAACGGUGAGGCUGGGCACAAAGCAAAGGAACUUACGCCCUACAAAAAGGGUACAUCUUCACGUUUUUAAUGCUCAUGAUUGAAC